AUGAGGUCUGGCGCUUCUAUGUCUAUAAACUUUGUGCACCAAGCACCAUAUGAAAAUUUACCAGAAGGUAGGAUCGCCUAUGUGAUGAGCUUUGAGGUGGGAGCCGUGCUAGAGGACGCGGCGUGGCAGGCCCCGGAGUACUGCUUCACCAAGGACGGUGGGCUGGCUGCCGAGACCACAACCAAGAUCUCUGAUGGGCAUCAUGGCAGCAGCUUCAUCCCCAGGAGCGUGCUGUGA